UUGAGAGUCCUGCAAAGCCAUCGCCUCUUCCUCCAAGGGCCCUCACUCGCAAGUGGUGGUCAUCACAUCGCAAAGGCAGCAGCAGCAGAGCGCCGCAAGGCAGGCUUAGAGCUCACGAUUUCUUAUCAUGGCCUCCCGCAUGCUUUCCAAGAAAGGAGUUAGGUACCACUUUAUCAUCAUCUCGAAUGUUGGAGAUGUCAGAUAACGGAUGAUAGGGCAAUUGUGCAACGUGGUUACUAACAUUCUUGCCCGGUGUAUAAAAGGCGCAAGGGGACAGAGCAAGUAAAAGCCCAAUCUGAUUUUGGAUGCCCAAGAGGAAGAGUGGAAAUGGAGCGUGGAGUCAUCUUGGCUGUUUUCGCUCUCCUGUCUGCCCAGCUCAGCUUGGCUGGCACUAUGCGCCACCGGAUUGUUGGUGGGCAUGAAGCCAGGCCCCACUCGCGGCCGUACGCAGCGGCUCUGAAGAGAAAUGGUCGGUUUGGCUGCGGGGGGUUCCUCAUCGCCCCCCGCUGGGUGAUGACUGCUGCCCACUGUAAAGGGGACAUCUCAGUCAUUCUGGGGGCUCAUGAUCUGAAUGCCAUUGAAGAUACCACUCAAGUGUUGGGCGUGGAAAAGUACUACCAGCACCCAGGUUACAAACGCGGUGGGAUUCCAUUCCAUGACAUUCUUCUGCUCAAGCUCGAGCGCGAGGCCCAGCUCAACAAGAAUGUCCAAAUCAUCCCUCUGCCAAAGACAGACAAUGACCUGCCCAAGGACACACGCUGCUUUGUGGCCGGAUGGGGUCGCAUCGAUGCACGAUACACAACCUCUUCUAAGCUUUUUGAGACCAAUGUCACCAUCCCCGGACGCAGGAAGUGCCUCCAGUUCCUCCCAGAACUUACCGAUGAGAUGCUGUGCGCUGGCAGCCGCUCCGUGAUCUCUGAUGUCAGCAAUGGCGAUUCCGGAAGUGCGAUGGUGUGCAACGGAGUGGCGCAUGGAAUCGUCUCCUACGGUUUCCAGAUCCCUCCAUCGGUUUACACCCGCGUCGCAGCCUACCUUCCAUGGAUCAAAGAGAUAAUGGGGUGAAGGAGCGACCAUUAGGCACAUGAAUUUCAUAAGCAUUUGCGACGCACAUGAAAUAAACCAACCCUUGCAAUUUUAUGUUGU